AUGUCUUCUUCAUCACAGCAAAACAGCGCACCCCGACCAGUUCCAAACAAUAAUGACGCUGAACCUCCCCUACCUUGGGCAUGGAGGUGUAAACGCAUGGUGGACUUCUGGUCAGAUCCGAACAUCUUUCCAUCAACAGUCCGGUGGGAAUCUUGUGACAAAGUGAACGAAGGUGUAGAUGUUUGCCAAAUGUGUAAUAGAUUCAUAGAAGUUGCAGAGUAUGAAGUCGUUCAUCAAACGCGUCCUCCACCUCCACCUCCUCUUACACGACAACGCAACUCCCGCCGUGGCCCUGCUCCUCGUUAA